UCCUCACCGCAGACACUCAAGUACUCAACUCGCUCUUCUCCUUCUUCGUCUUCUUCUUCUCCUUCCUCGUCUUCUUCUUCUUCACCACAAGAGCAGCAAGCAAGAACGCAAGGUAGGUAGGAGAAGAGACCCCUCAAUCAAGCAGGACCAGAAUACAGGAGAAGGAAUUCAAGCAAGAAGGGAUCAAGAAGAGAGGAGGGCCGAGCUGGGGUUGUAGUACGUACCAGGAUAGGGGGGAUGGACGUGGUGCGGGUGGGGAGCAGCAUCGCGGGCGGGAGCAUGCGGCGGACGGCGUCCUCGUGGCGGGCAUCCGGGAGGAGCAACGCCUUCGGGCGGUCGGCGAGGGAGGAGGACGACGAGGAGGCACUGCGGUGGGCGGCCAUCGAGAAGCUGCCAACAUACGACCGCAUGAGGAAAGGCAUCCUCACGGCGGCGGGAGCCGGCGUCGAGGAGGUGGACAUCCAGGGGCUCGGCAUGGCGGAGCGGAAGAACCUCAUCGAGCGCCUCAUCCGCACUGCCGAGGAGGACAACGAGAGGUUCCUCGUCAAGCUCCGUGACCGGAUGGAGCGAGUUGGGAUCGACAACCCGACGAUAGAAGUGCGGUUUGAGCACCUGAACAUCGACGCAGAGGCGUACGUCGGCAACCGGGGUAUCCCCACAUUCACCAACUUCUUCUCCAACACAGUCAUGGAUGCAUUGAGUGCUUUGCGCAUCGUUUCGAGCGGGAAGAGGCCUAUCUCCAUCCUUCAUGACAUCAGUGGAAUCAUAAGACCCGGCAGAAUGUCUUUGUUGCUUGGCCCCCCUGGGUCUGGGAAAACCAGUCUUCUCCUAGCUUUAGCAGGGAAACUUGACUCAACUCUGAAGGUGUCAGGGAGGGUGACUUACAAUGGGCAUGACAUGGAUGAGUUUGUCCCUCGGCGGACAUCGGCAUACAUCGGGCAGCACGAUCUCCACAUCGGCGAAAUGACGGUACGCGAAACACUGGCCUUCUCUGCAAGAUGUCAAGGAGUCGGAACACGUUACGAUAUGCUUGCUGAACUCUCAAGAAGGGAAAAAGAAGCCAACAUUAAGCCAGAUCCUGAUAUUGAUGUUUACAUGAAGGCCAUCUCCGUGGAAGGUCAGGAGAGCGUGGUCACAGAUUACAUCCUCAAAAUCCUGGGUCUGGAGAUCUGUGCAGAUACAAUGGUUGGAGACUCUAUGAUCAGAGGUAUAUCAGGAGGACAAAAGAAGCGUGUCACAACAGGUGAGAUGCUUGUUGGGCCAGCUAAGGCGCUAUUCAUGGACGAAAUCUCCACCGGUCUGGACAGCUCCACGACGUAUCAGAUAGUCAACUCUCUAAGGCAGUCGGUCCACAUCCUUGGUGGCACUGCACUGAUCGCGUUACUUCAGCCUGCACCUGAAACAUAUGAGCUCUUUGAUGACAUUGUUCUCCUCUCUGAGGGCCAAAUUGUGUACCAGGGACCUCGAGAAAAUGUCCUUGAGUUCUUUGAGACCAUGGGUUUCAGAUGUCCUGAGAGGAAAGGUGCUGCAGACUUCUUGCAAGAAGUGAGUGAUCCAGCAGAAUCCUGUUUACUGCACGUUGGGACUUGGAACUCCGAUUUAACAUUGUUCUAUGUGAAAUCACAGGUUACAUCUAGGAAGGAUCAACACCAGUAUUGGUGUAGAAGAGACGAGCCAUAUCGGUACAUCUCGGUCAAUGACUUCGCAGAGGCAUUCAAAGCAUUCCAUGUUGGGCGUACGCUGGGAUCGGAGCUCAAGGUGCCCUUCGAUCGAACCAGGAACCACCCUGCUGCUCUCACAACGUCAAAGUUUGGCAUCAGCAAGAUGGAGCUUCUCAGGGCAUGCUUUUCUAGGGAGUGGCUGCUGAUGAAGAGGAACUCGUUUGUUUACAUCUUUAAAGUAGUCCAGCUCAUAAUCCUUGGAACCAUUGCAAUGACGGUCUUCCUGCGCACAAAGAUGCAUCGACGCAGCGUCGAAGAUGGAGUGAUCUUUCUGGGUGCAAUGUUCCUUGGCCUAGUCACACAUUUGUUCAAUGGUUUCGCUGAGCUCGCCAUGAGCAUUGCAAAGCUGCCGAUAUUUUAUAAGCAGAGGGACCUCCUCUUCUAUCCAUCAUGGGCAUAUGCAUUGCCUACAUGGGUGCUCAAGAUCCCAAUAUCAUUCUUGGAAUGCGCUGUGUGGAUUGGCAUGACCUACUAUGUCAUUGGCUUUGAUCCAAGCAUCGAAAGGUUCUUCCGCCAUUACCUGCUGCUCGUACUAAUCAGCCAGAUGGCAUCUGGUCUUUUCCGGCUUCUUGCUGCAUUAGGAAGAGAAAUGGUUGUUGCAGACACGUUUGGGUCAUUUGCUCAGCUUGUUCUUCUGAUUCUUGGUGGCUUCUUGAUAGCAAGAGAUAACAUCAAGAAAUGGUGGAUUUGGGGCUACUGGUGCUCCCCUCUGAUGUAUGCCCAGAAUGCCAUAGCGGUGAAUGAGUUCCUUGGCCACAGCUGGCAGACGGUUAAUAGGACAGAAAGCAACGACACGCUCGGUGUCCAAAUCCUAACAGCACGCGGCAUCUUUGUAGACCCAAAUUGGUACUGGAUCGGUGUAGGCGCCUUGCUUGGAUACAUCAUGCUCUUCAAUGUACUCUUCGUACUGUUCCUCGACUGGCUUGGCCCACUUGGAAAAGGUCAGACUGUUGUUUCUGAAGAGGAACUGAGGGAGAAGCAAGUAAAUCGUACCGGUGAGAAUGUUGAGCUGCUGCCUCUUGGAAGAGAUUCCGAGAAUUCGCCUUCUGAUGGAAGAGGAGAAAUCGCAGGAGCUGACACCAGGAAGAGAGGAAUGGUGCUUCCAUUUACGCCAUUGUCAAUCACCUUUGACAAUAUCAAAUACUCCGUGGACAUGCCUCAGGAAAUGAAAGACAAAGGUAUUACUGAAGACCGGCUACUGCUGUUGAAGGGUGUAAGUGGAGCCUUCAGGCCGGGGGUCCUUACGGCAUUGAUGGGCGUCAGUGGAGCUGGUAAGACUACUCUGAUGGAUGUGCUGGCGGGAAGGAAAACUGGUGGUUACAUUGAAGGAGACAUUUGCAUCUCUGGAUACCCAAAGAAGCAAGAGACCUUUGCUCGGAUUGCUGGUUACUGUGAGCAAAAUGAUAUCCACUCUCCACAUGUCACUGUCUAUGAAUCCCUCGUGUACUCAGCAUGGCUCCGGUUGCCCCCUGAAGUUAACUCGGAAGCAAGAAAGAUGUUUGUGGAAGAAGUCAUGGAACUCGUCGAGCUCGCACCACUGAGGGGAGCAUUGGUGGGACUGCCUGGAGUGAAUGGUUUAUCCACCGAACAGAGGAAGAGGCUCACCAUUGCUGUUGAGCUCGUUGCCAACCCAUCCAUCAUAUUCAUGGAUGAACCAACUUCAGGACUAGAUGCGAGGGCAGCUGCAAUCGUGAUGAGGACAGUCAGAAAUACAGUCGACACUGGACGAACAGUUGUCUGCACAAUCCACCAGCCCAGCAUCGACAUCUUCGAAGCUUUUGAUGAGCUGUUUCUGAUGAAACGGGGAGGUGAAGAAAUUUAUGUCGGCCCCUUGGGACACAACUCAUGCCAUCUGAUUGAAUACUUUGAGGGAGUACAAGGAGUGAAGAAAAUCAAGGACACUUACAACCCUGCAACAUGGAUGUUGGAAGUGACCACCCUGGCUCAAGAAGAUAUACUCGGGGUCAACUUUGCUGAAGUAUACAGAACUUCUGACCUAUACCGGAGAAAUAAAACUUUGAUCAGUGAACUAAGCACACCUCCUCCUGGAUCCAAGGACUUGUACUUCCCAACGCAGUACUCACAGUCCUUCAUCACACAAUGCAUGGCUUGCCUGUGGAAGCAGCACAAGUCAUACUGGAGAAAUCCUUCAUACACUGCAACUAGAAUUUUCUUCACAACAGUUAUCGCCCUCAUCUUUGGAACCAUCUUCUUGAACUUAGGCAAGAAAAUUGGCAAGAGACAGGACCUGUUCAAUGCUUUGGGAUCCAUGUAUGCAGCAGUUCUUUUCAUUGGAAUUCAGAAUGGCCAAACCGUGCAACCAAUUGUAGACGUUGAGAGAACAGUAUUCUACCGAGAAAAGGCUGCUGGAAUGUACUCAGCUCUCCCCUAUGCUUUUGCACAGGUUCUUAUUGAGAUACCACACAUCUUCCUCCAGACCGUCGUGUAUGGUCUCAUCGUUUACAGCUUGAUUGGAUUCGACUGGACAAUUGAAAAGUUCUUCUGGUACAUGUUCUUCAUGUUCUUCACCUUCAUGUACUUCACAUUCUACGGGAUGAUGGCAGUCGCCAUGACACCAAACAGUGACAUUGCCGCCAUAGUCUCAACUGCAUUCUACGCAAUAUGGAAUAUCUUUGCCGGCUUCCUUGUCCCCCGACCGAGGAUACCAAUAUGGUGGAGAUGGUACUCGUGGGCAUGUCCGGUGGCUUGGACACUCUAUGGACUUGUGGCCUCACAAUUUGGAGAUAUCACACAUGUUGAGCUGGAAGAUGGGGAAUUGGUGAAAGAUUUCAUCAACAGAUUCUUUGGAUUCAGGCAUGACCACUUAGGUUAUGUAGCAACUGCAGUUGUUGGAUUCACCGUUCUCUUUGCUUUUGUCUUUGCCUUCUCCAUCAAAGUCCUCAACUUCCAGAGAAGAUAAUAGAAGCCACCUUAAAAGAAUUCAGCUUUGGUUCAGCUCCCUCUUAGCAUAUAGGCACAAAAGAAAUGUAAGAUAUCGAGAGAGUAUAUAUAGUUGUUUCAUUUUUUGGCAAUUAACAUCUUUUUAUCGUUGUCCAAUCACUUUGGCCUGUAUAGAACAAAAGGGGGCCUAUUAGCCUAUAUGUAAAUUGUAUAUUGUGCAUAGUUGAGUUCAAUGUAAAUUUUUUCA